AUGAAUAGUAGCUAAAAAAUUAGAAAGGGAUCUCGCAACAUGAAGUAUAAGAAAAUCUCACAAGAACAAAGGACGCAAAUAAUAAAUGAGUUAACGAAGAAUGGAAAGACUUUGAAGGAAGUUUCUGAAGAAACUUAGUUGAAACCUUCUACUGUUAAAGCUAUAUUGUAAGUCUAUUUGAAGGAAGGGAGAAUUGGCAAGAAAUCAACUCGGGAUAGAAAAGUGAAAUUGUUAAACACCACAGUAAUUGCUUUGAUUGACAAAACAAAAAACAGUGAUUAUGCUAUAGAGAAUCUUUAGUUCAUUCAUCCUAUGAUCAAGAUAAACCAAUAGUCGUCAGAAAUAUCACAUAAUGGCUAGACUCUGGCAGAAACCCAAUAGAAGCUUGACUAAUACUCUAAACAACUGAUGAUGUCUCAAGUUAAAGAUUUUCUCAGGGAAAAGAAAAAAGAAAUAUUGGAGUAGUUGGUCAACCCGUUGGCGAAACAGAAUUUUCUAAAUUAACUUGCCCAAUUUGAAGUAGCUGACCCAAUUGCCCUUUCAGGAAAUAAAAAAAGACCAUUUAUAAGUUGAGGAUGAAUAAUUUGUAGAAAAGAUCACAUAACAUCUAAAAUCUAAAGUG